AUGGACAAGGCAGCAUUCGAGCACGCGUACUCUAGAGUGCUGGCGCUGGCAGCACUCUCGCUGGCGGUACCGCUGUGCAUUCCCACGCAGUACCUCGGAUACGGCGCCGUCGCGACGACCGACAGCGACAAGAUGAAGCGGCAACUCCAUCGCGACAGCAUGCACCAUUCGGAUUACUAUGGUCGACAUAUGCACUGCUACAUGAUGGCGUGCGUCUUUGCCACGUACGCCUCGUUGAGCGACGCGAUGUGGACGCGCUGCGUUCAAACGGGCGUGCUGCUCGUCGUGCUUGGGCACGCGGUGUGCGGCGUCAUGCACGGGUUCGCGCAAAAACGAGCCGCGUACCAGCGGGAACAGUGCCUUGCCAUGGACGCGGGACAGAAAAGCAAGCCGUUGUGAUUCCACGUUCACCCC